AUGGGGCGUAAAAACAAAACAAAGCUUUUGAAGGUGAGUCUUGAGUUUGUCUUCACUGAGAUGCCCAAUUUUUCCCUAAUUUCAGACCGGAAGCUCGUGCACUUCACCCGGUACGUCUUCCCAAUCUGAGGAUUCGGGGCGUCAGAGCAGCCUUUCCGGUUCAUUCGAUCUGGGAGACAUAAAAGCCAAUCUGAGAUGUAUAGUCGGAAGUGGAAACGCGACCGGUAAAAUCUGGAAUUCUUUUCCGUUUAUCUUGAACUUUUCAUUUACAGAAGGAAGUCGAAAACUUGAAUUCAUAUUGUCCGAAAUGGAGAAAAAAUCAGCCGAGCUUGAAGUGGCAAGGAAGAUUAUUCGUGACCUGCAGAACGAACUUCAUUCGUCACCUAAUAACAGUCAUCAGGUGGCUGGAGUAUGUUGUGAACUACGAAAUAAUGGGCAUUGAACAAUGAUUAUUUUAGGACGGUGACUAUGAAAACGCUGAAUUACGUAUCAAGACCGAAGAAAACGAGGAAAGCGUUCUGACACUUGUACAACUCGGAAAGUUUUUUGGUCCACUCGAAGCAAAGGCGAACGAUAUCGCCGAUGGAAACGCUCGUCUUGGGUCUAAAUUGACUUCUGCCUAUGAUCAAAUCGAAUGUCUGAAAGGUAGCUCACAAUUUUUCGAAAUUUCGUCAUUUUCAAUUUCAGAAGAAGUUUCCCGCUUGGAAUCUAAUCUGGAAGAGACAAAAGAUAGCUUAAAUAAAAGAAGUGAAGAAUCCAUGGAAGUCGAGUCGGUAUUUCAAUCGGUCAACGACCAACUCGACGCGGAUCUUAAACAGGCCAAUGAGCAGAUUGCAACGCUCAAGGUCAAUGUCAAGGAGUACAAGUCUAUGCGCGAAGCUGCAACCGCAAAGCUCGAGGAGGAGAAAGAGAAACUUUCGAACUGCAUCAAAGAGAGGGACGGCGCCAUAACGGAUCUUCGUCAAGCUCGUCAAGAAAGUGAUGAUCUACGUGUGCAGCUCUCCACCGCCCAGAAUAAGGAAAAGAGUCUGACUGAGACGUUCCUGAAGCGCGAGACGAACCUCAAGGAGAUGUUCGAGAGCCGCAUAAACAGUAUUAAUAGCGGCGUGCGACUGAUCAAAGAAGAUUUCGGACAUUUGAAGAAGGAUAUGGUCGAGGCGCAAGCAAAGAACGAAGAACUCCAGUUGCAGCUCACAGCUUCGAAGGCAGACACCAAGCACUAUCGUGAUGAUGGUACGAAUUGCCGAAAGUACAUCAGAAAGCUGGAAGAAGAUCUUGGUACGACGUUCCAUGCGCAGAUAGAGGCUGAAGAAGAAGUUUCGUUGCUCAAAGCUAAAAUAAUCGAAAUGGACAAGCUCUUGGCCUCUUCUGUUCAAGAUCACCACGAACGAAUGAAGCGACUGGAGGACGAGCUAUUCUCCAUUAAAAACUUGUUCGAGUCGGAGAUUGAUAUUGAGACAUCGGGAAGUGUUCUCGGUGCUGUCGUUCAACUCAAAGAUAACUACGAUCUCGAAAAGAUAAACCAAAAGUUUGAUCACGAAUCGCUGGCUACCAAAAACGAGGAAAUCAGGAAGCUGACUGAAGAGCUGACAUCAUCAAGAUCCCUAGUGAAGAAGAUCCGGAAGGAACGUGAAGCUGGGGUGAAGAAAUGGAAGAAGAUGUUCGACGAAGUCACUGCCGAGAAGCAAGUAUUGGCCGGACGGAGUCGAGAACUCGAGGAGAAACUAAGUGGAUCUUCUGCUAGCAGUGACGAGAGCUUCCGCAGCACUUCCGAGCAAAACGAAUCGUACCAAGUAUUUUGCGACGAACUGCGAGAGAGCGUGGCUCUUCUAGAGAAAACGGUCAAAGAGGAGAAGAAGAAGGCGGAUCAGUUGUCGGAGAAACUCGUGGAAGUAGAGAAGAUUAAUCUAGAUCUUCAGCAAACAAUUGUUGCUAACAAUGCAACAAUUGAAGAACUGGAGAUCGGCAAGAAAAAGACGUAAGUUUUUCUUAAAUUAUAAUCUCCAAACGAAUUGCCUUUAUUUUUAGAAUAUCUUCCAUGGAGUCUCGUAUAACCGAGCUUCAGCGAUCUCAGGAAAGCUCACUGAAACGGUACAAUGAGGAACUUACGGUCGCGCGUCAACAACUGGAGUCGACGGAAAAUGCUCUGGGAGUGCAGCAAGAGAUGAAUGCUAAGAUUUCACAAGAAUGGCGUCAGAAGCAUUCCGAUGAGGUUUCUGGACUGUCCGAAAAGAACAAGCAGUUGUUGGAGGACCUCAAGAAGCAAACCGAAAAACUGGAUGAGCUGAGGGAAUCUCAAAUAAAACUGAUUGAAUCGAGUAAAUCGGACAUCGAAGCUGUUGAAUUGGAGAAGAAACAUGUGUUUUCCCAAUUGACGCAAAACCAGAAAGCUCUUCAAAGUUUGAACGACGAGAUGCUGGUAAUUGAGAAAGACCUUCGCCGCGUUCAAGAAUUGGAGAGAGCCAAAACGGAAGUGUUGGUUCGUGCGACAGAGGAGGAGAAACAAGUGAUCCGAAAGGAAAAUGAGUCACUCCGACAGCAACUCGAAAAGGUUAAUCAGACUCUCGCCGAGCAAAAGGCCGAAUCGAAGAGACUCUUCGAUAACGAAGUCCGAAAGCUGAGAAAGGUUGUGAAAGUUAGCGAGCAGAAGAAGGAGGAUGCACUCAACGAGGCAUCCAGCAUGUCUCUGAAGCUGAGCGAGAUCCAAGCUGAAACGAAGAAGGUGAGGGACGAGGAGGCUGAAGAACACGAGAGGCUGCUUUCAAAGUUGACCGAACUACAAGGAGCUAUGCAAUGCACUUCUGUGGACUCGUCGAAGCUUGCCGAGACGACCGAGAAGCUGCGCCAGGAAAGGGAAACAUCAGAGUCGCUCCGCACUCAAAUCAUGAGACAAGACCUUGCAAUUGAGCAGCUUCACUUGUCCAAUAAGCUGAAUGAGCAGGCGUUGGAAGAAAUGGCUCAAGAGAUUGAGAGAAAGGACGAGGAGCACGCGCGUGUGGUGCAAGCCGAGAAUGACAGGUUCAUGAGUCUCCAGAAAGAGUUGGAAAACACACUGGUCACGUUCGAUGAGGAUUCCAUUCGACAGCGGCUUUUGGCUGAGAGGCAGCUCCACUACGAAGCGUUGCGAGUAAAGUACGAUAUGGGCACACAAGAAGCAGCUGAUCGUAUACAAUCGAUGCAGGAUGUUCAUUCAAAAUUGGAAUCCGAAAUCGAAAAGUUGCAGAGCGUGCUAAAGGAGAAGAAUGCCGAGCUUGAGGCGCUGAAAGCUGAAAGAUCAGACUUCGAGGAUAAGAUUACAUUCCUUUCUAAAGAGGUUGAUCUUCUCAACACGAAGCUGGUAAAAGCUGCAUCUCCAAAGAAAGACAAGUGAGUAAUAACUAGAGAAGCCGAAUAUAUCACUUUUUCCCAGAGUUAUCCAACUUGAAAAUCGUCUGGAAGUAAUGCAGAAAUCGGUCAAAGCUCAGCAAAAGAGAAUGGAAGAUGACCUGAAUACAGCCACCGAAGCUCUGAAAGCAAAGGAGGUGCAAUGUGAGGAGCUCCAGAAGCUGGUUGCUGAUUCGCAGUCAAAGUAUCGUCUGAUCGAGGAGCUUACCGAAUCGAACAAAGUGCUGUCCGAGGAAUUGACAAAGUCCAAGGACGAUAAGGAAUCGAAUAUCCGAUUGAGAGACAUGUAAGUUGUUUGUUUAUUUGUUUACUAAAAUUCAUUCGAAUUCGUUUUCAGCGUCUCGCAACUCGAGGAUCAAAACUCGCAGCUUGUGAGAGAAAAUGCGGCGGACAGAAGUUCGCUGGUUGAUGAACUCAUUGCUACGAAAAAUCAGUUGGAGAAGAUUGAGGGCAAUUUGGAGAUGCACCAGAAGAGCAGCCAUCAAAAGAUCGAAGUUCUUGAGCACCAGCUGAAGAAUCGUCCUGUGAUCACCACGCAGCCGAAGCCCGACAAGAUCGUGAGUGGAAACAAUUCUGUAGAAUUGGCUAUGAUCGAGCACUUUCAGGACGAAAUGUUCCCAUCUAUGGAUCCGACUGCUCGCCAAUUCAUCCGUCUCGCCUGUGCAAACCGCCAUUUUUCGUAUGGACUCGUCGGCAUCGUCACAUAUGUCUGCCUCCUUCACCUCUACAUUAUUUUGUAAUUAGUUAAUUGAUCGUUGUGUUCAUAAUCCCCCACCCCACCCAAUUGUUCAUAUUCACUAUUCCCCUAACACCUUUUCUGUUUAUAUACUGUUUUUGUUCUAUAACACUGUAUAACAUUUGUAAGGCCCCCUUAUUGCAUCCACAAAAUGCCUGCCCAAUUCAUGUAGAAUACCCACGUCCCCGUUUUUAUAAGGUGAGUUAAAUAUGGCCUCCCCAGAUAUUUCUAUUUCCAGCAGCCAGAGACUGCUCGCCCAACCUUCCCUAGCACAGCAUGCGUUGUGUUUUUCCUGUAAUUUAAUAAAUUAUUUGUUCGUAUAAGUGAGGUGAGGUGCGCCAGCACUUGCUCAGCUUAUAUCCAUCUUGUAAAAAUAAAAUGUUAAGAUGCACGCAUAAGAAAACACAUAUAUUUUUCAGGGACCCGUGCGAUUACCCGUACGAUUACAAGUUCGAGCAGUACAUGACACUGGAUGAGCACGGAAAUCCGCAUAACAAGUAUGAGACGGAAAUCUGUGAAGGCUAUUCUCAGAGGGACACGCCAUCGAUAGAGGUGAGUGGGAAGUUCGUAGUUAGAGACGUUGCGUUUUGAUCGCAAGAAAUAGAUUGAUUGAACUCAAAUCAACAAGCCUCGGUCACAAAAAAUGGAUGGAGCGACUGAGUCUCCGUUACUACUUGCAGUCCCAUCUCGGAAAUGUGGACCGGAUCGUGAUCGGCCGAAAAGUGUAUCAGCCUGAUCGCACUCAGAAUCAGCAACUUGUCAAUAAGGUGUAAAGUGAUUCUAGGAACAGAAUAUUUUUCCAGGUGGACACUAUUCGCAUCGCGGACAUUCCGAGAGAAGGGAACUGGCAGAAGGACGUGUGCUUCCGAUGGCUCUUCGCAGUGCUCAAGAGAAUCAAGGAAACACUGAAGAAGGGUGGAGAUUCGAUUCCGAUGAAAGUGGCCAAUAACCUGGAGCUGGUGCCGGAGAAAUCGGACGAUUUUGCCUUCCUGGAUGAGAAUCAUUCUCUUCAAUCAUUUCACUUAAAUACGUGCCAGUGGGCGAGUGAGUGUGCACUUUCGCAACUUACUCGUGAGGUCCGAAUCAAUGCGUUUUCUUGAAAAUAAGAGGUAUUCAAGACAUUUUAUCGCGUUUCGCAAAAAGCCAAAAAUUGCGGAGAGAAAUUGCACUUUUAUUCUGGCUCGAAGCAUGGCUCACGAUAAAAAAGGUCUCCUUCUCCCUCCUACUCUCUCUUGUUACAAUUCAUUCUUUUUACACUUUCCAUCCGUUUGUCCCUCCUAGUUGCACGACUCAUUUCUCUUUUAGAAAUGUCCGUGUCUCUCGACAUAGAACCACUCGGAUACUACAAAAAGUUAUCGGAUAAGUGAGUCUCACCUUUUUAAACGUUUUCACUGUUCAAAAUAAAAUUCAAUUUCAGAACAGCCGAUCCGGAUGUGCUUCCGCUUCGUCUGAACGAGGAUCGCAGGUUGUAUGGAGAGUUGCGAGACGAGUUGGAUCUGACGCUCGGCGGCGACGGAUUCAAGGACGAAGGAUUCGGGGACCGCCUUCAUUCUCUUUUCGAUUACCUUCGGAAGACCAACGAAAAAGGAUCUUCGCUCAGAACUGUAUGCACUUUUUCCUCUUGUUCUGUACUUAUAUAAAACCGAGAAACAUCGCAGGUAAUCGGUGCGGAUUUCCUGUCGAACCGCAAGAUUCUGAAAGUGAUUGCAAUGUCUCCCUACCCGGAAUACUAUCCUCUCAACUGCAAAUCGGUGGAAAUCCAGGCAAUUCGACAGAAAGGAGUCAUUUUUCUGAUGGAGAAAGAGGACGGAAGGUGGUAACGAACCCAAAAAAGCACUCAUAAUAAACCACGUAUAUUGCUCAGUGUUCUUUGCGAUUACCCGUACGGCUACAAGUUCGAGGAGUACAUGACUCUGGAUGAGCACGGAAAUCCGCAUAAUAAGUAUGAGACGCCGUCGAAUGCGGAAGCUGUGAAGGCUAUUCUCAGAGGGACACUCACUUCCGGCGACGACAGCCUUUCGGUCUUUUAUUCGGCUGAAGCUGAUGCCAUCGAUAGAGGUGAGUGGGAAGAGUUUGAAGAGGAUGUUUCGAUACUGUUCAAUUUCAGGAAAUAGAUUGAUUGAAAUUAAAUUAACAGGCCUCGGACACAAAAAAUGGAUGGAGCGACUGAGUCUCCUUUACUACUUGCAGUCCCAUCUCGGAAAUGUCGACCGGAUCGUGAUCGGCCGAAAAGUGUAUCAGCCUGAUUGCACUCAGAAUCAGCAACUUGUCAAUAGGGUGUGUAAAUGAAGCGAUUCUAUGAGCAGUGACGUUUUGCAGGUGGACACUAUUCGCACCUCGGCCAUUCCGAGAGACCGAUUCAAAAAGGACUGGCAGAAAGACGUGUGCUUCGAGCGAAUUUUCGAUGUGCUCUAUGCCAUUAAGAAAACACUGAAGAAGGACGGAGAUUCGAUUCUGAUGAAAGUGGCCAAUGGCCUGGAGCUGGUGCCGGAGAAAUCUGAUGAUUUUGCCUUUCUGGAUGAGCACCUCUUCAAUCAUUUCACUUAA